UGAUCUCUUCCCCUGUUUUCACAAUGGAGGACUCGGGAAAGACUUUCAGCUCUGAGGAGGAAGAAGCUACCUAUUGGAAAGAUCUGGCGAUGACCUACAAGCAGAGGGCAGAGAAUACGCAAGAGGAGCUCCGAGAAUUCCAGGAGGGAAGCCGAGAAUAUGAAGCUGAGUUGGAGACUCAGCUGCAGCAGAUCGAAACCAGGAACAGGGACCUCCUAUCGGAAAAUAACCGCCUUCGCAUGGAGCUGGAGACCAUCAAGGAGAAGUUUGAAAUGCAGCACUCUGAAGGCUACCGACAGAUCUCAGCCUUAGAGGAUGACCUUGCACAGACUAAAGCAAUUAAAGAUCAAUUGCAGAAAUAUAUCAGAGAGCUGGAGCAAGCAAACGAUGACUUGGAAAGGGCAAAACGAGCCACGAUCAUGUCUCUGGAAGACUUUGAGCAGCGCUUGAAUCAAGCCAUUGAAAGAAAUGCCUUCCUGGAAAGUGAACUUGAUGAGAAGGAGAAUCUCCUGGAAUCUGUUCAGCGACUGAAGGAUGAAGCUAGAGACUUGCGGCAGGAAUUGGCUGUGCAGCAGAAACAAGAGAAACCCAGGACCCCCAUGCCCAGCUCGGAAACUGAAAGGACAGACACAGCUGUGCAGGCCACUGGCUCCAUGCCAUCUACUCCUGUAGCUCAUCGAGGAACGAGCUCUAGUUUAAACACUCCAGGGACUUUCAGACGUGGGCUGGAAGACUCCACUGGUGGGACGCCCCUCACACCUGCCGCCCGGAUAUCGGCCCUCAACAUUGUGGGAGACCUGCUGCGCAAAGUCGGGGCGCUGGAAUCCAAACUUGCAUCCUGCCGGAACUUCGUGUAUGAUCAGUCCCCAAACCGAACAAGUGGCCCAGCCUCAGGGCGGGGAAGCAGGAACAGAGAGGGCAGCGACAGACGGCCGAACAGCACCAGUGUGCCUUUGGGUGAUAAAGGGUCAGUACCUUUUGAUACACCACUCAGUAGUGAGCAGAACCGAUCUACUCCAGGACAGAAAUGCUAAUCACCAACCCAUAGCCUUUUGUUUUUUUUAAAACUGUGGGAUUGUUUCAGCAAGCCUAUUCUAUUCUCCCCUCCCUUGAGACAGAAUUGGGUGGUGUCUUCUGGUUUGGGUGAGUAGCCAAGGAGAGGGUCGUUUUUAUCAUUUACUCCGUGACCUGCACUCACGCUGUGAGAACGUCCUGUAUAAAUCCCUC